AUACUUAACAUAUUCGUCGAUAGUAAGGGAUGCGAUGACUUUGUCAAUCUUAAUAUAUAGUUCCAGUCUCUUAGAUGUGUUCACAAAGGUGUGGUAGCACUAAUUUAGGAAAGGUAGCGCAUAAUCUCAAGAGAUGCAAUAAAAAAUGUUUUUUUCUGAAUAAAUGCAAUAAAAAAUGUUAGCUGAUUGUUUUUUCCCCUUACAUAAUGGCAGCCCGGCACAGGCGCAUAAUCUCAGUUCAUCUUCUUCGUUGCUCCGUACUGCUUGGAGGUUGGAGCCAAUCCGCGACCAAAACCCUAGCCGCCGUCCACCGAUGCCAAAGCGACCGCUAACCAGCAGCAGCUGGAGAUUGAUUAUACUGCAGAGAAGGCGCGCCGCCUCAUCACGGCCGACGAGGGCGCCGGCGGGGAUGCUAAGCCGGACGCCGCGUCCUCUCAAGGAGUCGUCAGAGGGGAGAAGGGGUAGCCAAGGUUCGCCGAUCUCGGUGGGAUGGAAGCGGUGAUAGAGGAGCUGAUAAUGGAAGUGGUCCUCGUGCCCCUGUGCCAUCCGGAGCUGCCGCAGCGCCUUGGGGUUAGACCUGUCGCUGGGCUGCUGCUACAUGGACCGCCUGGUUGCGGAAAGACCACCCUUGCCCAUGCCAUUGCCAAUGAGACUGGCGUGCCAUUCUACAAGAUCUCAGCCCCAGAGGUCGUAUCUGGGGUAUCUGGAGCUUCUGAGGAAAACAUCAGGGGCUUGUUUCAGAAGGCCUAUAGGACUGCUCCCUCGAUUGUAUUCAUUGAUGAAAUAGAUGCAAUUGCAUCCAAGAGGGAGAAUCUGCAACGAGAGAUGGAGCGACGGAUAGUUACUCAAUUAAUGACAUGCAUGGAUCAAUUCCACCAGAAUAUUGGAUCCGGCGGCAGUGAUUUGGAUGCAGAAUCAGCUGAAAAGAAACCUGGUUAUGUCAUUGUCAUUGGAGCCACAAAUAGGCCUGAUGCUGUGGAUCAAGCUCUGCGACGUUCAGGAAGGUUUGAUCGAGAGAUAUCUCUUGGUGUUCCAGAUGAGAAUGCACGAAAACAAAUACUUAAGAUGCUUACUCAGAAUCUCCGACUCGAAGGCGAAUUUGACUUGUUCAAGAUAGCUAGGGCCACACCAGGUUUUGUUGGUGCUGACCUGAAGGCGUUAGUGGACAAAGCAGGCAAUCUAGCAAUGAAGAGAAUAAUUGAUGAAAGAAGAGCUCAGUACUGUCAUAGUCAUGAUGGGAAUAGCAAGCAUGACUGGUGGAGACAACCUUGGGAUGCCGGUGAGGUGGAGGGCCUACAUAUUACAAUGGACGACUUUGAGGAAGCAACAAAGAUGGUUCAACCAUCCUUGAGAAGAGAAGGGUUUUCAUCUGUCCCUGAUGUCACAUGGGAUGAUGUUGGAGGUCUUGAUUCAUUAAGGAAAGAGUUUGACCGCUGCAUUAUUCGAUGUAUCAAGCAUCCUGAAGAUUACGAGGUGUUUGGAGUGAAUAUGCAAGCUGGCUUCCUGUUGUUUGGACCUCCAGGCUGUGGGAAAACACUAAUUGCAAAAGCAGUGGCCCAUGAGGCAGGGGCUAAUUUUAUUCAUAUCAAGGGGCCUGAGCUAUUGAACAAGUAUGUUGGGGAAAGUGAAUCAGAAGUGAGGAAAAUAUUCACUCGUGCGCGCACAAAUUCCCCAUGCAUCCUAUUUUUCGAUGAGGUAGAUGCUUUGACAACAAAGAGAGGGAAAGAGGGAGGAUGGAUUAUUGAACGUCUCCUAAAUCAGUUACUUAUUGAACUUGAUGGUGCUGAUCAACGGCAAGGUGUCUAUGUGAUAGGAGCUACAAACAGAAUUGAUGUGAUAGAUGAUGCUGUUCUACGGCCUGGUGGAUUUGGGAAGAAACAUUAUGUACCUUUACCUGGUGCAGAAGAGUGGGUCUCAAUAUUAAAAGCACAUGCUCAAAGCAAGCCCAUCUCAUGUGAUGUCGAUUUGGCUGCACUGGCACAUCAUGAGGAAUGCAACAAUCUCACUGGAGCAGACCUAGCAUCACUGGUCAAUGAAGCAGCGAUGGCAGCAUUGGAAGAGAGAUUGGAAUUCCUUGAGAAUGGGACAUCGUCAAUGAGUUCCUCUUCUUUGAUCGAGCUCUCACACUUCGAACGUGCUCUAUCAAAGGUUAAGCCAUCAGUAUCUGAACAGCAAAUUAAACAUUAUGAGGCAUUGUCAAAAAGAUACUCGUCAAACUGAUGGAUCACCAUGUCCCUGUUUUGGUGUAUGUAUGAUAACUUUGUAAGAGUGUAUGCCUGAAACAUAGGGAACGAGAGCUAGCUCUUGC